GAGAGGCGCGAUGAGUUCGUUGCGCUUAAGCAGGAGGGGAUGUCACUGCCUGAACUGAGACAGAAGUUCGACUACCUGUCCCAGUAUGCGACGAGUCUGGUCUCCACUCCGGAGGAUCGUUUGAAUGAGUUCGUCAAGAAGCUACGGCCGGACUUGAGGCCGUACGCCGCGCUGAUCACGACGACAGAUUUUAAUGCGACGUAUGAUUUGAUUGUGAAGACGGAAAAGAGCAUGGACGAUUUGCAGGCAACCAAGAAGGAGGAUCGAGCGACGAAAGACCCGCAACCCACGACCAGCACCGGGCCGAGCGGGAAGAGUUUUGGAUUCGGGGGAAAGAGGUACGAGAAGGGUUCUUCGAGUGCGCCGCCGCCUAAGAGGAGUAAGUCGAAGCCGUCUCCGUCGGCCGCCGCUAGCAACUCGAUCCGAACAAGGAGCCACCCGCAGUGUGUACAGUGUGGUAGGCAUCACCCGGGCGAGUGUUGGCUCGCCCAAGGCUUAUGUUUGGGUUGUGGUCAGCCAGGGCAUUUCAGGAGGCAUUGCCCGACAAACCCUAGUAGCGAGCCUGUUUUUCCUAGAGCUCCGGAUCAGCCUGCCACAUCACAUCCAGCACGGAGUCAGCAGUCUACAGCAGCAAAUAAUCAGCAGAGACCACGUCCGCAGCAGUUAGGCCGGGCACCAGCGCGUACCUACGCCAUGCAGGGGCGCGCAGAUCCUAGUCCCAAUGUUAUCUUGGGUACGUUCAUACUAUUUGAUUCGGUUAUCCAUGCCUUGAUCGAUCCGGGUUCUACGCUCUCCUAUAUCUGUGUUGGCAUGCCUGCUAAUUCUGCGAUCGUGAGGAGUGACCUUGAGAUACCUACCGUUGUAUCGAAUCCGCUAGGACAUAGCAUGCGUCUUCAUCACAUUUAUCAUAGGUGUCCGUUGCCCGUGCAAGGGAAGCAAUUCCCUGCAGAUUUGAUAGAGCUACCACACAAGGAGUUUGACAUUAUCCUUGGUAUGGAUUGGCUCACCGAGCAUAGAGCAGUGGUCGACUGCAGUUGUCGGACCCUACGGCUGAGAGUCGAGGACGGUAGCGACGUAUCACUCCCCGGGGAGGUGUUCCCCAAGGCUCCCGAGUUCAUAUCGUCCUUGAGCGCGAGGCGCUUGAUUCGCAAGAAGUGCGAGAUGUUCCUGUGUCACGUUCAGGAUAUGCGAAAAGAAUCACCACGUCAGCAGGACAUCCGUACGGUUUGCGACUUCCCCGAUGUCUUUCCCGAAGACCUACCUGGUUUGCCUCCGCCGAGAGA